GUUAUGCGGCCGCAUUCGUGUCGCAGUUCCAUUUUUCCGCCUCGUCGUCCCGGCUGCGCGGCCAUAUUCUCUCAUCCCCUCAAACAUGGCUGAUUACACGAGUGUGGCGCCGCCAUCCUCAAACGCCGGCGGAGGAAUGAACGACGCUUUUAAAGACGCGUUACAACGGGCGAGACAGAUAGCAGCUAAAAUCGGGGGUGAUGGAGUUAAUCCACCUCCUCCAACCAACGAGUUUGCGUACGGAGGGCAGAAAAGGCCUUUGGAAGACGCGGAUCAGCCAGAAACAAAGAAAGUCGCAAGUGACCCUUUUGCUGCAAUGGGUGGAAUGGCUGGUCUUCCAAGGCCUAUGUCAGAAGAGUUCAAGGUUCCAGACGGCAUGGUCGGCUUUAUUAUCGGAAGAGGAGGAGAGCAGAUUUCAAGGAUCCAGCAAGAAUCUGCAUGCAAGAUCCAGAUAGCUCCAGACAGCGGCGGCAUGCCUGAGCGCUCGGUGACGUUAACAGGCUCUCCGGAUUCCAUCAUGACUGCAAAGAGGUUACUGACCGAGAUCGUGGAAAAGGGCAGACCGACUCCGUUUCACAAUGAUGGCCCUGGCAUGUCUGUUCAGGAAAUUAUGAUUCCAGCAUCCAAAGCAGGCCUCGUCAUCGGAAAGGGCGGCGAGACGAUUAAACAGUUACAGGAGCGAGCCGGGGUGAAGAUGGUGAUGAUUCAGGAUGGGCCGCAGAACACUGGGGCGGACAAACCGCUAAGGAUUUCUGGAGAUCCUUAUAAAGUUCAGCAAGCUAAAGACAUGGUGAUGGACCUGAUCAGAGACCAGGGUUUCCGAGAGCAGAGGGGUGAAUACGGAUCACGGAUGGGUGGAGGAGGAGGAGGUGGCGGCGGAGGAGGAGGAGGAGGAGGAGGGGAAGGUUUGGAUGUCCCAGUGCCACGCUUCGCAGUGGGGAUUGUGAUCGGCAGGAACGGAGAAAUGAUCAAGAAGAUUCAGAACGACACCGGCGUUAAAAUUCAGUUCAAACCAGAUGACGGCACUACACCAGACAGGAUUGCUCAGAUCAUGGGUCCCCCUGACCGGGCGCAGCAUGCAGCCAGCAUCAUUACAGACCUGUUGCAUAGUGUGCAAGCUGGCGGUCCACCCGGCCCUGGGGGCAGGGGCAGAGGUCGUGGCCAUGGUAACUGGAACAUGGGGCCACCAGGGGGUCUGCAGGAGUUCUCCUUCACUGUUCCUACCGUUAAGACCGGCCUCAUUAUCGGCAAAGGAGGGGAGACGAUUAAAAGCAUAAGCCAGCAGUCUGGUGCCAGAAUAGAGUUGCAGAGAAAUCCUCCUCCCAAUGCUGAUCCCAAUAUAAAGAUGUUCACAGUGCGCGGGACACCGCAGCAGAUCGAUUAUGCCAGACAGCUCGUUGAAGAGAAGAUCGGGGGUCCCGUCAGCCCUAUAGGUGGACCGCAUGGGCCACCGGGACCGCACGGAGGACCUGCACCGCACGGCCCCCCGGGUCCACCUGGACCUCCUGCACCUAUGGGACCUUACAACCCAGGGCCCUACAACCAGGGACCUCCUGGACCACACGGUGGUCCUCCAGGGCCAUACCAACCGCAGGGCUGGGGUAACGGUUACCCUCACUGGCAGCAGGGCCAGCCCGAUCCCAACAAAGCAGCGGCCGACGCUAAUGCCGCAGCGUGGGCUGCCUAUUACGCUCAGUACCAGCAGCAGCCUCAGGCUCCCAUGACUCCCACCAGUGGUGCCGCUCCUGGCACCGCACCAGCUAACGGUCAAGGUGACCCGCAGGCUCCAGGUCAGAGCGGACAGGCAGAUUACACCAAGGCCUGGGAAGAAUAUUACAAGAAAAUGGGUCAACAAGGCCAGCAGCCGCAGGAUUACACCAAAGCGUGGGAGGAAUACUAUAAGAAACAAGGUCAGGCGGCCCCUCAGGCGGCCGGGCCGAGCUCUUCUCAGCCUGGAGGCCAGCCGGACUACAGCGCCGCGUGGGCUGAAUAUUACCGCCAGCAAGCGGCCUACUAUGGCCAGGGCGGCUCUCAGCCCAUGGGAUCAGCACCACCGGCCCAGCAGCUUCAUCAGGAGUCCCUGCAUCCCGACAUCAGCGAGACUUAACCAAGCUGUUCUUUUCCCGUCCACAGGCGUCUUUAUCUCUGUAAUUAGGUUAUGGGUUGGGGGAGGGGUAGCGAGUCAAUGUUUCUGCUCUUAACAUGUUGUGUAUUUCUUAUGUAUUUCUUCUGCACAGGGCCAGUAAUGUGAAGCGGACAUAAAGUAAAUGCUACCUUGUCGAAAAAAUCCUUUGUUAAAUGUUUGGAUGCAGACGCCUUGAUGAAGAUCGUAGUUUCCUUGGUUUGCGUUUAAACUAGAUUGCAAAACGGCUCUGGAUUUGAGAAUUCUACUGUUUGUUGUUUUUUUUUUUUUUGUUUUUUUUUUUGCUUCUUUGUUUGUUUUUGUAAUUUUUUCCACUCUUGUAUAAAACUGUUUUUAGUGCGGUAAUAAUGGUCAUUCCAGCUCCUGUAUUUCAUUAUGUAGUUCAGAACUCAUGUCUAUAUACAACUGCCCUAGUGCUCUCUCUCUCUUUCUCUCUCUCUCUCUUUUCCAUGUAAAUGCUCUCAGUUUUAAAAAUGCCUGUUGUGUUUUGCAAUAAAACAUAAUGAAAC